ACUCUGUCAUUUAAAGAGAAAAUGACCACCAGCCUUAAGUUCAAAGAGAAAACCACAGACCUGGAUACACGCAGCUACAAGUGCCUCCUCCUCGCUCUGGUCAAACUCAUCCACGCUGACCCCAAACUCAUGCUGCACGAGUGUGCCACGCAGGGCAGUGGAAUCCCCAUCUGCAGACAGGCCCAGACCAAACUGGAGGUGUGUCUAUACAUGUUUCUGUGGAGCCCUGACACCGAGGCCGUGCUGGUGGCCAUGUCCUGCUUCAGACACCUGUGUGAGGAGGCUGACAUCCGCUGUUCUGCUGACGAGGUGCUCGUCCAGAACAUCCUGCCCAACUACGCCACCUUCACAGAGUUCGCCUCCGUCAGCAACAUAAUGGCCACCGGAUGUUCCACCCUGCAGAAGAGAGUGAUGGCCUUGUUGAGAAGGAUAGAGCACCCCACUGCAGGAAACACUGAGGCAUGGGAGGACACGCAUGCAAAAUGGGAGCAGGACACCAAACAGAUUCUGAACUUUACCAAAAACAAGGUGGAGGAUGGUCAGGAGUGGAUCAACAUGACAGGCUUCCUGUGUGCUCUGGGUGGGGUGUGUCUGUCCCAGCACAGCAAGCCCUGUGGCCCCACCACCUACAGCCCCCCCAUGGGCCCCAUGAGUGAACGCAAGUACUCUAUGGUCUCUGUGGGCGUCUGUGAGGUCAACGCUGCAGCUGGAGCCUCAGCCACCUGCUCCUCCUCUUCCUCCACUGAAACCCCCCUGGGCAGGUUCCUGGACCGCCUGCUGGUAUGUGGUCAUGAGAGGGUGGGUCUACACGUCCGCACCAACGUCAAGGAGCUGCUGGGGCUGGAGCUCAGCCCGGUCCUGUACCACAUGCUCUUCAACAAGCUAAGGAACAGCAUCGGACGCUUCUUCGACACACAGUGGCCGGUCCCCAUCAAUGACACUAACACACAGUUUGUGGAGCAGACCAUUGCCAUCAUGAAGAACCUACUGGAUAACCAUGCUGAGGGCAGCUCAGAGCACCUUGGACAGGCCAGCAUAGAGACCAUGAUGCUCAACCUGGUCAGGUACGUGCGUGUCUUAGGCAACACGUUGCAUGCCAUCCUGCUGAAAACCAAGCUGUGCCAGCUGGUGGAGGUGAUGAUGGAGAGAUGAGACGACCUGUCCUUCUGCCAGGAGAUGAAGUUCAGGAACAAGAUGGUGGAGUACCUGACAGACUGGAUGAUGGGCACCUCCAACCAGGCUGCUGAUGACAAUAUCAAGUGUCUGACCAGUAUGGAGGCGGUGGUGUCUCUGUUAGCUGGCCUGCCUCUUCAGCCAGAGGAGGGAGAUGGGGUGGAGCUGAUGGAGGCCAAGUCCCAGCUCUUCCUCAAGUACUUUACCCUGUUUAUGAACCUGCUGAAUGACUGCAGUGAGGUAGAGGAUGAUGGCCAGCCGGUGGUUGGGAGGAAGAGGGGCAUGUCUCGACGCCUGGCCUCCCUCAGACACUGUACUGUCCUGGCCAUGUCCAACCUCCUCAACGCCAACGUGGACAGCGGACUCAUGCACUCUAUCGGUUUGGGCUACCAUAAGGACCUGCAGACACGGGCCACCUUCAUGGAGGUUCUGACUAAGAUCCUCCAGCAGGGGACAGAGUUUGACACACUGGCAGAGACGGUGCUGGCAGACCGCUUUGAAAGGCUGGUGGAGCUGGUCACCAUGAUGGGAGACCAGGGAGAGCUGCCCAUCGCCAUGGCACUGGCCAAUGUGGUGCCAGGAUCCCAAUGGGACGAGCUGGCCCGUGUGUUGGUGACACGGUUUGACUCUCGCCACCAGCUGUAUCAGCUGCUGUGGAAUAUGUUCUCCAAAGAGGUAGAGCUGGCUGACUCCAUGCAGACUCUCUUCAGAGGCAACAGUCUGGCCAGUAAAAUCAUGACCUUCUGUUUCAAGGUUUACGGGGCGGCGUACCUACAGAAGCUCCUGGAGCCUCUACUUAAAGGGGUCGUCACCACCCCAGAGUGGCACAACAUCAGCUUUGAGGUGGACACAACCAGACUAGAACAGUCAGAGAACCUUGACGAGAACCAGCGGAACCUUCUUCAGAUCACAGACCGGUUCUUCCUGGCCAUUAUCAACUCCUCUAGCGAGUUCCCGCCACAGCUACGCAGUGUGUGUCACUGUCUCUACCAAGUGGUGAGCCAGCGUUUCCCCCAGAACAGUAUCGGGGCGGUGGGCAGUGCCAUGUUCCUGCGCUUCAUCAACCCUGCCAUCGUGUCACCCUACGAGGCAGGCAUCCUGGAUGAGAAGCCCCCACCCAGCAUAGAGAGAGGACUAAAGCUCAUGUCCAAGAUCCUCCAGAGCAUUGCCAACCACGUGUUGUUUACUAAAGAGGAGCACAUGAGGCCUUUUAACAACUUUGUGAAAAGCAACUUUGAUGCAGCCAGGCGGUUCUUCUUGGACAUAGCUUCUGACUCUCCUCCCAGUGACUCAGUCAACCACAGCCUGUCCUUCAUCAGUGAUGGCAACGUUCUGGCCCUCCAUAGGCUGCUGUGGAACAACCAGGAGAGGAUCGGACAGUACCUCUCGAGCAACAGGGACCACAAGGCAGUGGGCAGGCGGCCGUUUGACAAGAUGGCCACCCUUCUGGCCUAUCUGGGGCCCCCCGAACACAAACCUGUUGCCGACACCCACUGGUCCAGCCUCAACCUCACCAGCUCCAAGUUUGAGGAGUUUAUGACCAGGCACCAGGUCCAUGAAAAAGAUGAGUUUAAAGCCCUGAAGACCCUCAACAUCUUCUACCAGGCUGGAACCUCCAAGAAUGGCAACCCUGUCUUCUACUAUAUUGCUCGCAGGUUUAAGACAGGCCAGAUCAACGGAGAUCUUCUAAUCUACCAUGUGCUGCUUACCCUGAAGCCUUACUAUGCCAAGCCCUACGAUAUCAUAGUGGACCUGACCCACGUGGGUCCCAGCAACCGCUUCAAGACAGACUUCUUGUCCAAGUGGUUUGUGGUGUUCCCGGGCUUCGCAUACAAGAACGUGACGGCGGUCUACGUGUACAACUGCAACACAUGGGUGAGGGAGUACACCAAAUACCAUGAGAGGCUGCUGACAGGCCUGAAGGGCAGCAAGCGGGUGCAGUUCAUCGACUCGCCAGCACGGUUGGCGGAGCACGUAGAGGCAGAGCAGCAGAAACUCCCAGCGGCCACGCUGGCCCUGGAAGAGGACCUCAAGGUGUUCCACAACGCCCUCAAACUGGCCCACAAGGACACCAAGGUCUCCAUCAAGGUGGGCUCCACGGCCGUCCAGGUGACAUCAGCAGAGCGUACCCGUGUCCUGGGUCAGUCGGUGUUCCUCAAUGAUGUGUACUAUGCCUCUGAAAUCGAGGAGAUCUGCCUGGUGGACGAGACCCAGUUCACCCUGACCAUGGCCAACCAGGGCACACCCCUCACCUUCAUGCACCAGGAGUGUGAUGCCAUCGUCCAGUCCAUCAUCCACAUCAGGACGCGCUGGGAGCUCUCACAGCCAGACUCCAUCCCCCAGCACACCAAGAUCAGGCCCAAAGAUGUGCCGGGUACCCUGCUGAACCUCGCCCUGCUCAACCUGGGAAGCUCCGACCCCAGCCUCAGGUCUGCAGCCUACAACCUGCUGUGUGCCUUAACCUGCACCUUCAACCUGAAGAUCGAGGGCCAGCUGCUGGAGACCUCAGGCCUGUGUAUCCCUGCCAACAACACUCUCUUUAUAGUCUCCAUCAGCAAGACGCUAGCCGCCAACGAACCACACCUCACCCUGGAGUUCCUGGAGGAGUGCAUCUCCGGCUUCAGCAAGUCUAGUAUAGAGCUGAAGCACCUGUGUCUAGAGUACAUGACCCCCUGGCUGCUCAACCUGGUGAGGUUCUGUAAGCACAAUGACGACGCCAAGCGCCAGCGUGUCAGCGCCAUCUUGGAUAAGCUCAUCACCAUGACCAUCAACGAGAAGCAAAUGUACCCCUCUAUACAGGCCAAGAUCUGGGGCAGCCUCGGCCAGAUAACGGACCUGCUGGACGUGGUGUUGGACAGCUUCAUCAAGACCAGCGCUACAGGAGGCCUGGGCUCCAUCAAGGCGGAGGUCAUGGCUGACACGGCUGUGGCUCUGGCCUCAGGGAACGUCAAACUGGUCUCCAGCAAGGUGAUUGGUCGGAUGUGUAAGAUCAUCGAUAAGACGUGCCUGUCUCCCACGCCCACCCUGGAGCAGCACCUGAUGUGGGAUGACAUUGCCAUCCUGGCCCGUUACAUGCUGAUGUUGUCCUUCAACAACUCUCUGGACGUGGCCACUCACCUGCCCUACCUGUUCCACGUGGUCACUCUGCUGGUGGCCACCGGCCCCCUGUCCCUCCGCGCCUCCACACACGGCCUGGUCAUCAACAUAAUCCACUCUCUCUGCACCUGCUCCCAGCUCAACUUCAGAGAGGAGACCAAGCAGGUCCUGAGGCUGAGCCUUACAGAGUUCUCCCUGCCUAAGUUCUACCUGCUGUUUGGCAUCAGUAAGGUCAAGUCUGCUGCGGUCAUCGCCUUCCGCUCCAGCUACCGCGACCGCUCCUUCUCCCCCGGCUCCUACGAGAGGGAGACCUUCGCCCUGUCCUCCCUGGAGACCGUCACCGAGGCCCUGCUGGAGAUCAUGGAGGCGUGCAUGAGGGACAUCUCAGUGUGUAAGUGGCUCGACCAGUGGACCGAGCUGGCUCAGAAGUUUGCGUUCCAGUACAACCCGUCCCUGCAGCCCAGAGCCCUGGUGGUGUUUGGCUGCAUCAGUAAGAGAGUGACCCACAGCCAGAUCAAACAGAUCAUCAGGAUCCUCAGCAAGGCCAGCCCCCUGCUCAGCAUAGACCGGGGGCUGGAGAGCUGCUUAAAGGGACCUGAUAACUACAACAGCCAGGUGUUGAUUGAGGCCACAGUCAUCGCUCUGACUAAGCUGCAGCCCCUUCUCAACAAGGACUCCCCCAUGCACAAGGCUGUGUUCUGGGUGGCUGUGGCUGUGCUGCAGCUGGAUGAAGUCAACCUGUACUCUGCUGGGACGGCCCUGCUAGAGCAGAACCUACACACUCUGGACGGCCUGCGAGUUUUCAAUGACAAGAGUCCAGAGGAGGUGUUUAUGGAGAUCAGGCGUCCUCUGGAGUGGCAUUGUAAACAGAUGGACCACUUUGUGGGCCUCAACUUCAGCUCCAACUUCAACUUCGCACUGGUGGGACACCUGCUCAAAGGCUUCAGACACCCGUCCCCCACCACGGUGGCUCGGACAGUGCGUAUCCUCCACACGCUGCUGGCCCUGGUGGGAAAACACCUCAACUGUGACAAGUUUGAGGUCAACAGCCAAAGCGUGGCCUAUCUGGCAGCCCUGCUCACAGUGUCAGAGGAGGUGCGUAGUCGCUGCAGUCUAAAACACAGGAAGUCUCUGUUGCUGUCUGAGAUGGGCAUGGAGAACGUUCCCAUGGAUACCUACUCUCUGCACCACACUGACCCCAGCUUCAGGACACUGAGAGAGUGCCAGCCGUGGGCGUCUCACAAGGUGUCAGAGCGCUAUCUGAAUGCCUACUACCCCACGGUGGGGCAGAUCAGCCCCCGUACACGCAAGUCCAUGAGCCUGGACAUGGGCCAGGCCUCCCAUGCCAACACCAAGAAGCUGCUGGACUACAGGAAGAGUUUUGAUCACUUGAUAUCGGACUCCAAAGCACCAAAGAGACCAGAGACGGAGUCUGGCGUCACCACCCCGCCUAAGGUGAGGUGUGUGACCGAGAACGCCUACGAGAUAGACAGCCAAAGAAUGGGCCACUCCCACCUCCGCAAGGUGUCUGUGACAGAGUCCAACGUCCUACUGGACGAGGAGGUGCUGACUGACCCCAAAGUCCAGGCCCUGCUUCUCACUGUGCUGGCCACCCAGGUCAAGUACACCACAGACGACUUUGACCAGAGGAUCCUGUACGAGUAUCUAGCUGAAGCUAGCGUCGUCUUCCCUAAGGUCUUUCCCGUCGUGCACAACCUGCUGGACUCUAAAAUCAACACGCUGCUGUCUAUGUGCCAGGAUACCAACUUGCUGAACCCAGUGCAUGGCAUCAUUCAGAGUGUAGUUUACCAUGAAGAGUCUCCUCCACAAUACCAACCGUCCUAUCUACAGAGCUUCGGCUUCAACGGACUUUGGAGGUUUGCCGGACCCUUCUCAAAGCAGCAAACUCAGAUCCCAGACUACGCUGAGCUGAUUGUAAAGUUCCUGGAGGCCUUGAUUGACCGCUACCUGCCAGGUACAGAGGAGGAGAGGAGCGAGGAGCAGCUCCGUACCCCCACCUCGCCCUACCCCCCCGUCACCCAGAGCCAGCUCAGCAUCACCGCUAACCUCAACCUCUCCAACUCCAUGACCUCCCUGGCUACCUCGCAGCACUCCCCAGCCUCUCUGCCUUGCUCUAAGUCAGCUGUUUUUGCGCCACACCUCCUCCUCCCAGGCGUGGAUGAAGAGAAUGUGCAGCUCUCCCCCAGUGCGGCUCUCUCCACCAGUGGACGGACCCGCCAUGGUUCUGCCAGUCAGGUGCAGAAACAGCGCAGCGCAGGUAGCUUCAAGAGGCCUUGCGUCAAUAAGAUGGUAUGAGACAAAGAGAUAGAAAGAGAGUGAGAGAUGGAGAGAACAAUAGCCAUCCAAAGGCCCACCAUGCAACACAUCUUGCACUCCUCUUUUUACGAUGAAUGGUGAAGUCAACCUGAGGAUCAGUGUUAUAUUGGGGAAGUAGCUGCAUGUGUCCCUGUGUUAACCUUUGUUUGUCUUGCAUCUGGAGAGCCAUCGAGAGAUGGCUUCGGAUGGAUUAAGUUGUUAUAUUCACGGACAGAAAUGUGGUCCCGGUUUUAAAAAUGUAUUUUUAGCCAUUAAAAGGACUGAAACUGUCAAGGUGACUGAAAUAAGCUGUUGAAUUCUCAAUGAAUCCAGGUCCAUAUAUAAUGGUUUCAGUGUAAGAAGUGGACAACAUAAUGUUUGGUGAGUGCUGCAUUAUGUGACAUAGGAAGAUGACUGGGCGAAUCAAUGUGGAUGUCCAUGUUGAACCAUUAUGUGACAUAGGAAGAUGACUGGGAGAAUCAAUGUGGACGUCCAUGUUGAACCAUUAUGUGACAUAGGAAGAUGACUGGGCGAAUCAAUGUGGACGUCCAUGUUGAACCAUUAUGUGACAUAGGAAGAUGACUGGGCGAAUCAAUGUGGACGCCCAUGUUGAACCAUUAUGACAUCAUCAUGCCCAGGAGAGGAAAAAAUUAGGAUUUUGGACCUGUAUACUGAAGGACAGCCUCUUGCCUCCACUCCAACCCUACGGUCUACUCCAAAACAACCCCACUACCGCCUUCACACAGCAAAGCUGCAGCAGCCAUUCACCACUUCCAUCUAUGCAGGGUAGCUCAAAUGACCAACCAACGGAUGGAUAGUCAUGCUGUUUGCAAAACCUUCAAUCCACAGUCUUGAAACCUGGAUUUGGACACACAUUAUCAUUUAGAUUCUUCCCAGUUGUGUACAUAUGUAUGUAUAUAGAUGUACAGAAAGGAUAUACAUUAUAUACCUAGUCCAAAUAAUAAUAAUAAUAGGGUUGUUUUAUCCAUGGUGUGCCUUCGUCAGGGUUUUCCCAUGUGAAUAAUUAUGUGUGGAAUAAAGUGAAUCCUUUCUUGGGGAAAAGAACAGGUACUAAUCAUCGACUAUUAUGUUGACUCUAGGUGAGUGCUCUGUAGAGCUGCUCUGUAGAGCUGCUCUGUAGAGCUGUAUGUCAUGAUAGUCAAAUGUACAAUCAUCAAUAAUACCCUGCUGCCUGAAAGUAUUUAACCUGUACAGAUGGAUAGUCCUCACUAAAUAUUGAAGUUAUUUCUUUUGAAACGUUUGCCAUGCAAGAGUAUGAAUUUCAAGACACUAGAUAAGACUACGCAACCUUGUAAAUAUUGAAAGGCCUUUAUUGAUUUGUAUCAUGUUUUCUCUAUAUUGCAUUUGGAUUCGUUUACAGUUCUGACCAUGACUAGGAAAAUUAAGUAAUAUGCACAAAAAUUGCCAAAACCCAUCAGUAAUAGCAACCAUGUGAAUGCUUAAAUUGUCAUGACAUUGAUCACAAUGUUGAAGUCUACCACCUGUCUAAGAUUAUUCUUAAAUAAAGGUUAAAUAAGUUAAUUUGUUUAGUUAAAGGUUCAAUUUAGGUUAAAGGUGAAAUAAAAAAGUACAACAUUAACAAAAAAAAGUUCAAUUAAAAAUAAAUGUGUGAUACAGAAUUGAUCGUUUUGAAGUUCUGGUUUGAUAAGAUGCCAAUAUGUUCUCCUGAUUUCCUGUUCACGCACAUGGGUGUCUCUUUCUCUGGUUGAAUGAAGUCGAUCUAUGAAUUUUCUCCUAUCGCCAAAUGAAAGGUAUUGAGGGAAAUGAGGGCGGCCAUUACUUUGUUGUCUAAAGGUUGUUGUUUCUCCUGUAAAGUACCAGACUCAUUCACUCCCUUCCCCUUCAUCCUAACCUUUCCAUUUGUGCAGAUCCAUAAUGUAGAAGCUAUAUGGUGGAAGUUAUAUACCCAUCUGCAUUCCAGACCCUUUGGCUCUGCAGACAUGGAGGGGUAGAGGUUUGGAACGGUGGUUACUUAAGUCAAUGGGACAGAACCUCAUCCCAGACGCUCUUGCAGCAGAUGCAGGAACACUGCAUGAAAGACUAGCUUGCACUAUGGGAAGGAGGAUUCUUUGUAUUUGGUUUCCCACUUCACAACAUGUUGUGUUGAAAUGUCAUUGUGACAAAUUAAUGUCCCCAUAUGGCACAGCAGCUUCCACAGCAUCAUCCUCUCAAAGGAAUGGGCCCAAUCCUUACUUGAGAUUUGUGCAUGCAAAUCUCCCAUAUAUAUCAAUGCAAGGUGCUUUAGAUGAAAGUGCCAGUUGGCUUUCUUCCCAGUUGGUUUACCUCUAAUACCUGAGUCUCUGUGUACCACUCCAGAAAGUCAUACCUGAGUCUCUGUGUACCACUCCAGAAAGUCAUACCUGAGUCUCUGUGUACCACUCCAGAAAGUCAUACCUGAGUCUGUGUA